AUGUCCGACAAAAUCGACGUCCUUCUAUACGGCCUAGGAGCUAUUGGCUCUUUCUAUGCGUUCAUUCUGAGUCGUUCCGACCGCGUGCGACUGACAGUGGUCGCACGCUCUAACUACGAUGCUGUCAAGGCUAAUGGAAUUACCAUCAAUAGCGAGAACCACGGGAAUCACACCUUUCGCCCGCAUCAAGUGGUGAGAUCACCCGCUGAGGCUGGCCCUGUCGAUUAUGUCGUUUGUGCGCACAAGGCCAUCGACCAGGAAGAUGUUGCAGUGAGAUUGGCUCCAGUGGUAGACCAGGAUCGCACCACGAUUGUGAUUAUCCAAAAUGGCGUUGGGAACGAGGAGGCUUUCCGCAAUCAAUUUCCUAAGAAUUCUAUUCUGACCUGUGUGACUUGGGUCGGCGCCAUCCAAAACAGCCCCGGUAUCAUCAACCACACCAAGUCCGAAGAUAUGCAAAUCGGUUUGUUUCCCAAUCCACAAGUGAACAAAGCGACUGAGCAGCAGCGCUUGGAUACUUUUGUCGCGCUUCUCCAGAAGGGCGAGACUAAGUUUACUGUUCUCGAGGACAUGCAACCCCAGCGAUGGGAGAAGGUGGUUUGGAAUGUCGCCUGGAACUCGCUUACGACACUGACCAUGGUCGACACACAAACUUGGCUGCAUUCCUCACCCGACGCGGAGCCUUACACGCGAAGACUCAUGCAUGAGGUUAUUCAAGUUGCUCGUGGUUGUGGUGUGCAGCUUGAAGAUGGCCUAAUUGAUCAAUUGAUGGACCGAAUCAAUGCCAUGCCCGGCAUCGGUAGCAGCAUGCAGACCGAUUGCAAGAGCAAUCGACCGAUGGAAAUUGACGUUAUUCUUGGAUUCCCAGUACGGAAGUCCCGAGAAUUGGGGAUUCCAGCGCCAUAUCUUGAGAGUCUCUACGUGAUUUUGCGUGCGGUGGACGGCCGAAUUCGAGCUGCACUGUAG